AUGCCGAAGGCUUUCCUGGUGAAAAGACACCGAGCAGCCACGCUGGGAUCCCAGGACUGGGGAGAGCUCUCGGACCAGCUCCGGGGCGACGCCUAUGUCCCAGGUGGGAAAAGGGGAUUGGGCACACCGAGCCCCUGGCAUGGGAAGAGGAAGGUGGGGGCACCCAGAGCCCCUGGCAUGAGAGGGGAAGGGAAAGCGGGGGCAUGCAGAUUUUCAAGCCAACAAGCGACACCUCUCAGCCCUGCUUGGCUCAGCAGCUGUCAGGAGCCAGACGGGGCAGUGCUCCCCACCUGCUCCAUCCCGCCCACCCCCUGCUCCCUUUUGCAGGGGAAAGACGCCCAGGGGCUGGGCGACUUCCCCUGCCCGGUGUGCAGCAAGGCCUUCCCGCUGCAGCGCAUGCUGACCCGCCACCUGAAGGGCCACAGCUUGGUCAAGAAGCACGUCUGCCGGUACUGCGGGAAGGGCUUCAACGACACCUUCGACCUGAAGAGACACACGCGGACCCACACCGGCAUCCGCCCCUACCGCUGCCAUGUCUGUGCCAAGGCCUUCACCCAGCGCUGCUCCCUGGAGUCCCACCUCCGCAAGAUCCACAGGGUACAGCAGAACUACGCCUACCGCGAGCGGCGCGCCAAGCUCUUCGUCUGCGAGGAGUGCGGCUUCACCUGCGCCGCCGGCGACGAGUACUACACCCACGUGCGGCGGCUCCACCCCGGCAACACCCUGCUGCACAAGUACCUCCGCAAGCAGGGCGCCGCCCCGCUCCGCUUCCUGCUCUACCCCGGCGGCUAUUACGCCUGA